GGUUGAUCCCGACCACUCAACAAUCGUGGCAAAUUACUUCGUGCUGGUGAGAAUAUCCCGUGAAACCAGAUUCAGCAACGCAUGGUGUUUAGUCGAGAUGUCGCGUAGACACGACAAUCUCUUCGAAGUCAACCAGCGCCCAUGACUAAUUGGAGUUUCCGGAAAAAACAUCCGGGCAAGCAAUUCAGUCAGGGGCCCUCCAGUCGCAACCCACUUGGAUUUGUGGGAUAUCCAAGGAACCGGCCCAGUAGCUCGGCCCCUAGACUUAUCCAGUCGCGGAAAGUCAGAGCAAAUCCUCAUGAGAGUUCUUGGAAGAUCGCUAUCCUUGACUUGCUGCUCAAUCAAAGACAUGAACGAGGAGCUAAAGCCUUCAGUAAGCCACGGAGUAGCACAUACCGUACUCGUAGGCAGUGGCAGAUCUACGAGAUAACAAUGGCCUCGCACAAGCCGCACCUCCUAUCAGCGACGAACUUCGUUGCAAAUUCCCAACGACUGCAUCAUUCCUGGCCAGGAAUAGUAGUUCUAGCCAGAAACCGUUGCAUCAGAAAGAACUGCCUGUUGGUUGAGUUUGCUAGUUCACGCUGGCGACCAGGCGUCAAGUGGAGCCGCAGCAUGGCUUCAGGAACUAUUUUCCAUCGUCUAUUUGGGUCCGGCUGGCGCCAAUCGGCGCCAGAGGAUGAACUCUUGUCGUGGGCCUUUCUCCCCUUUUCUUCCUUCGCUUCUAGCAGGUUUCUGCUGAUACCCAUUGGAAACCGCGAGAACUAGCCCGCAUAUAUUUCUCGGAUGGAAAAUACUGAUUCCCCGCUUCAUUCUGUCGCCAAAUGACCCGUAUCGAUCAU